ACCAGCACCCGAAAACUGCUGCUGAAAAAGGCGGACAGCAGCAGCAGCAGCUCCCUCUCCACCCUUCUUCCCCGCAAAGAGGAGGAAAAGUCGCUCCCGCUCCAGGAUUUUGGACCCUUCAUCCCUUUGCACCCCAGGAAGACCCGGGACCUGAAAGUUGCGGCUUGAAGAGUCGCCUCUCGAAACUCCCCAAGUGUUUUCCAUAUCGAGACAACCAUGCGGUCCCUGCUAGCCGGCUCGGUCGCCUUGGCUGUUACCCUCCUCCAUGCAGCUCGGUUGGUCCAUUCCACCUGCUCAGCCGUCUGCCAGUGUCCUCUGGCGGUUCCCAAGUGUGCCCCGGGCGUCGGUCUGGUCUUGGACGGCUGCGGAUGCUGCAAAGUGUGUGCCAAACAACUCAACGAGGACUGCAGCAAAACGCACCCUUGUGAUCACACCAAGGGCCUGGAAUGCAAUUUCGGCGCCAGUUCCGUUGCUCUGAAGGGAAUCUGUAGAGCUCAAUCAGAGGGCAGACCCUGUGAAUAUAACUCCAGGAUCUACCAGAACGGUGAGAGUUUCCAGCCCAACUGCAAACACCAGUGCACAUGCAUCGACGGAGCUGUGGGUUGCAUUCCCCUCUGCCCACAAGAACUAUCUCUCCCGAACCUGGGCUGCCCAAAUCCUCGGCUGGUCAAAGUUUCCGGACAGUGCUGUGAAGAGUGGGUCUGUGACGAUGAGGUUGCCAAAGGGCCGGUGGUGGAGAUGGAAGGCUUCAUCAACAAGGAGUUUGGACUGGAUGUUUCAGAAGUGGAGUUAACGCGAAACAAUGAAUUGAUUGCUAUGGUGAAAGGAAGCCCAUUGAAGCAGUUACCUGUUUUUGGAGCCGAGCCACGCAUCAUCUACAAUCCAUCCUUUGAUAGCCAGAAAUGCAUUGUUCAAACAACUUCUUGGUCUCAGUGCUCCAAGACCUGUGGAACUGGUAUCUCCACCAGAGUCACCAAUGACAACCCCGAAUGCCGACUGGUUAAAGAGACAAGGAUCUGUGAAGUGCGGCCUUGUGGACAAAUGGCUUUUAGCAGCCUCAAGAAGGGAAAGAAGUGCAGCAAAACUAAAAAAUCCCAAGCCCCCGUGAGGUUUACUUACGCCGGAUGCUCAAGCAUGAAGAAGUACCGUCCUAAAUACUGUGGCUCCUGCGUAGACGGAAGAUGCUGUAGCCCCCAGCAGACCAGGACUGUCAAGAUCAGAUUCCGCUGUGAGGAUGGGGAGACGUUCACAAAGAAUGUCAUGAUGAUCCAGUCCUGCAGAUGCAACUACAACUGCCCGCACGCCAAUGAGGCGGUUUUCCCCUUCUACAGGCUGUUCAAUGAUAUUCACAAAUUUAGGGACUGAGUUUUCCUUGGGCCAGGUUUGGAGUGGGUGGGAAACCCGGGGAGAGAGUCUGAAUUUGCAUUACCAAG